CCUCCAGAAGCUGUUUCACCGUGGGAUGGCUGCCUUGUGAGGUGGUGAUCACCCCAUCAUUGGGGGGUGCAAAGCAAGGGUGGUAGAUGGGCUUUUUCUCUUGGCUGUGGGAUUGCCCCAGGUAGACACCAUCCGUUCAACAAUGAAGCAAAUUUAGAAUGCUAGCAUAAAUAAUAGUUCCUUUGGGUCCUACGAAUUCAUGACAUUGGUAUAGGAUUGGGAAGCUUCCUGGGACCCCACCAAAACAUGCAGAGAUGGUUAACACAGCUUUGGAUUUCCUAAUGAUAGCAAGUCAUUUCUGCCUUGUGUUUCUACUCCCAGGUGUGGGGAAGACAGUCCGCUGAUGCCUGGAGAAAGCACAGUGUGACUGCCCUUUGGGGUGUGUGGUUUCCAGGUAACCUGUUGCACUCUCUUUGGGCUUUGUCUCCUGCCAUCCUAACCUGGAUGCCGGCUGCGCAGUUGAGUCCCGUUCAGCUAAACUCCGUGGAGAUACAGAAAGGAUUUCAGGUCCCCAGCACUGAUCCUGUUGUGAUUUGCCAUCAAGUUUCAGUUCCUGCAGUUUGGUCAAGAAAUCUGAGGCUUUCAUUAGCGGCCAGUGGGAUCAGGUUGUGGACACAUAUUGUAACAAAUCCAGCAUUUUGUUCCCAGCAGAUGCUGAUGCUCUGUUGCUGCUGGUCAAGGACCACACUUUGAGAACUGCUGCCUAGUUGGAUCCUGGACACUAAGGCCCUCUCUCAGCUCCUGUGCCUGCUGCCGUGGCCUUGGUGGCACCCUCCCUCGGUGGGCAGCCCAGGGCUUCCUCAGCCCAUGCAGUCCCCGGCUACCCCUGCUGAAGGCCUCAGUGGCUCCCUCUUUGGGGCCUACCCCCUGCCUACCUUCAAGUUCCAGCCUCGCUCUGAGAGCGUGGACUGGAGGCGCAUUAGCGCCCUGGAUGUGGACCGUGUGGCGCGGGAGCUGGACGUGGCUGCCCUGCAGGAGAACAUCACCGGGGUGACCUUCUGCAAUUUGGACCGGGAGGCAUGCAGCCGCUGUGGGCAUCCUGUGGACCCGGUGCUGCUCAAGGUGCUGCGCUUGGCCCAGCUCAUCAUCGAGUACCUGCUGCACUGCCAGGAUUGCUUGAGCACUAGUGUCGCCCAGCUGGAGGCCCGGCUGCAGGCCAGCCUGGGCCAGCAGCAGCGUGGCCAGCAGGAGUUGGGGCGCCAGGCUGACGAGCUCAGGGGUGUGAGAGAGGAGAGCCGACGGCGUCGCAAGAUGAUUGGCACCUUGCAGCAGCUGCUCCUGCAGACGGGGGCCCACAGCUACCACGCGUGCCACCUGUGUGACAAGACGUUCAUGAAUGCCACCUUCCUCCGGGGCCACAUCCAACGCAGGCACACGGGCACAGCGGAAGGCGAGAAGCAGAAGAAACAGGAACAGCCAGUGGAGGAGGUGUUGGAAGAGCUGCGGGCCAAGCUAAAAUGGACCCAAGGGGAGCUGGAAGCGCAGAGGGAGGCGGAGAGGCAGCGGCAGCUGCAGGAAGCAGAGAUCACCCGUCAGAAGGAAAUAGAAGCUAAGAAAGAAUUUGAUGAAUGGAAAGAAAAAGAGCGGGUCAAGCUCUAUGAGGAAAUAGACAAGCUAAAAAAAUUAUUUUGGGAUGAAUUUAAAAGUGUUGCCAACCAUAACUCUGCACUAGAAGAGAAACUGCAGGUGCUGCAGUCCCACAGUGUGGUGGAGUCCAAUCUCGGGUCACUGCGGGAUGAGGAGUCUGAGGAGCGACUCAGGCAGACUCAGGAGCUCCAGGUCCUGAGGGAGAAGAUGGACGUUCAGAAGGCAGAAUGGAAGAGAAAAAUGAAGGAACUUCAGGGAAAGCAUGCGGCUCAGAAGCAAGAGCUGCAGGAGCAGAACGAGAUGCUCCGGGCCUCCCUGUCUCAGGAUCAGAGGAAAGCAGCUGCCCGGUCCCAGCGCCAGAUCAGUGCUCUCCGCGCCCAGCUCCAGGAACAAGCCAGGCUCAUUGCCUCCCAGGAGGAGAUGAUCCAGACCAUGUCUCUCAGGAAGGAGGAGGGGACCUGUGAGGGCCUGAAGGAUGUGGUCACAGAAGAAGACUCUUCUGAGGAAGAUCUGGAGGACUCCCGAGACGGACAACAGAAUGUGCUGGCUGCUCUGAGGCGAAACUCCACCCUGCUGAAGCAGUUCAGGCCAAUCUUGGAGGACACCCUGGAAGAGAAACUGGAAAGCAUGGGGAUAAAGAGAGAUGCAAAGGGAAUCUCCAUUCAAACUCUCAGACACCUUGAGUCCCUCCUGAGAGCCCAGAGGGAGCAGAAGGCACGGAGGUUUUCUGAAUUUCUGAGUCUGAGGGAAAAGCUUGUCAAGGAAGCCACCAGCAGAGUGAAGGAGGGACAGAGGAAGAGGGCAUCAGCGUCCCAGCCAGACACCAAGGCUCCAGUCAAAAGCCAGCAGAACCCAUUGGUCAUCAAAGAGGCACAGGCGAAGUCCAGGAACCUGCAUGUGGCGUUGCCAUCCAAACCAGCAGAGCCUCCCACGACGACUCUUCAGAGCCGCGGCAGCCAUGGCCCCGGCCUGGCCCACAUGCCCACCCCCACUCCACGGCCCAGAGCACAUGGAUGCUCUGGCACCCCUGUUUCCCCAGGGCCUGGGCUGAGUACUCCCCCAUUCAGUUCUGAAGAGGACUCGGAGGAGGGAAAUUCGGUGCAGCGGACAUCCCUCCAGCCCCCACGAGGUCCCUCCAGGAUGGGGUCCCGGCCAGAGGAUGACUGGGACUGGUCUGACACCGAGACCUCAGAGGGGAGUGCCCAGCCUCCUAACAAGGGCUCAGGCGGCCUGACUUCCUCAGGAACACUAGUACAGUCGCUGGUCAAAAACCUUGAGAAACAGCUGGAAGCUCCAGUGAAGAAGCCCUCUGGAGGGGUCAGUCUGUUCUUACUGCCUAACACUGGGCCCCAGAGGGCUGCCGUGCCGGGAAACAAGCCUCAGCUUUCUGAUGCUGAGAGUGACUUGGAGAUUUCUUCCUUGGAAGAGCUCCCCCAGGACCUGGGCCAGAGAGAAAAACCGAAGCCCCUGUCUCGCUCAAAGCCACCUGAGAAGUCUGAUGCCAGCCCUUGGAGCCCUGGCCGACCCAGGGUCCCUGGAUGGUGAUCCUGCCCCAGAGGUGGGCUCCCUGAACAGAAGAGGCUGCUAGCCUCUUGUCUUCACCAGUAACCAAGAGAUCUCCUUUGGAAAGAAGCAGAGCAGAAGUUGGAUAUAAUUUCUUCCCUCCCACCUGUCCUGCUCCCGAGCACCAGGGGUGCUUGGUGCCCCUGGGUCCCAAGGCUUGAGAAAGGGUUAUAAUGGGUUAUAAAGGGCUAUAAUGAGCAGUCUCCUUUCCCACCUCCGUGUUCACUCUGGCCUGAAGGAGCCCCUUGAUCUUUAUUUGCUGGCAUUUUGUGAAUAUGUGGGAACAGUGUGUAGAUGAGUCUUAACCCUGCAUGGUGUCUUUGUGGGGACACAUGCCUCAGUCAGUCAUUCAGUGACUGAUCUAAAGUCAGUUACUGAGUGCUUGCUCUGUGCCAGGCCCUUCAGCCUCUCCCUGCUGAAUUGGGGUGCUGGCAGAGGUGACUGGGGUAGAAUUACAGGGUGCUAAACUAGUGACAGAGCUUAGGGUGCUAUGGUAGUAGAGCCCGAGCCAGCCAGUGCUGUAAGGGGCGGUCCUGGAGAGGGUCUCAGAGCUGAUGUCUGGCUGUGCUUGUGCAGUGGUAGGAGGGAAGGAAAGCCACCUGGAUGGGACCCCAUGCUCAAAGGACCACAAAUUUAAUUUUUGAUAUUAUCUCCAAAAUUAAGUUAUCUAUGCAACCACUGUAUUUUUUUUAACGUGAAGAGCUUAAUUUAUUAUAUGUGAACAUUUAAAUAACACAAUGGUUACAA